AGCCAGCCAAAGAGAUAUACCUCGCGGGUAGGCGCCAUUCCUCCAAUUCUGACAGACGGGGGUUCAUCCUACUUCGCUUUCGCUCGUCGCGCGCCUCGCGCUCGAUUGAGCUCACCUUAGCCAGCGUGUACUCUCUCCCUCCGGCCCUCCCCGAUUCUCACCAGGAGCGACGGCGACUCCGGUGCGCCGCUGCUUGCGAGGGCGAAGGCCGGCGUGUGGCGCGCGGCUGCAGGCGAGGGCGAAGGCUGGCGCACGGCUGCAGGCGACGCCGCCUCGCACUUGAUUCAACUCGCCCCUUCAAUUGCGGCGACGCUGGUCGAGCGACUGAGCCCUUCGCUAGGUCUUCAUUGGGUUCUUCGUCGGCGAGAACCCGCACCAGCAUCAGCAUCACCAGGCAUUUAGAAAGGAAGGCUGUAUGAAGGCUAGUAAUUUUCAGUUAAGAUCAUCAAGGCUUCCUUGGUUAGAGUCAUGGCUGCUUCCUCCUGGAUUCCCAGUCGCCAUGAAUAGUAGCUACUUUUUGGGUGAGGGGGACAGGGACUAUCCACAUUGAAAUUUAGAGUACGGUGCUCUCAGCUACAGCUUUCUACUAAUUCAGUUCAUAAUAAGAAAGAGAAAGAGAAAUAUUCUUGUUUUGAUCAGUCAACAUCAUAUCUGCAUGUACAAUGUCUUAGGGACUUCCCGACUGAAAAACUUUCUGGAGAGGUAGUUGUGGUGCGUCUUGAUUCUUCACUUAUCUUGGGGCACUUAGGACCAUGCACUUCCUCACUUGAAAGAGCUUUGCUAACUAUCAAAUACUUGUGCAAAGCAAGAGCGAAAGUGGCCAUAGCCACCAGCUGGGAUACAAUUCUUCAGUAUGAUAAUCCAGUGACUGAAUCAGUUGCCUCUUUUGCAGAGUACAUGUCAUCCCUUCUUCAAGUAGAAGUCAUCCCAGUAGAUGGUGCACCUAGUUCAACAUCAUUUAAGCAAGAAGAGUGGGCUCAGAACAGUAUUAUUUUGUUUGAAAAUCUUCUGAACUUCACAGGAGAAGUUGCUAAUUGCAAAGAUUUUUCUCAGAAGCUUGCUUCAGGUGCCAUGAUAUUUGUCAAUGAUUCUUUCUCACUGUCUCAUAAGAUUCUUGCAUCAACUGUUGGGAUCACGUGCUUCUGCUAUGCGUCUCUUGCUGGUUUCCAUUUUGAAGAGGAGCUUAUGAAAUUGAUAAAGAUCACGGACUCCACGAGGCGCCCAUAUAUUGCCAUUAUUGGAGGCAGUAAUUUCUUGAGAAAAGCACCUGCUCUUCAGACGUUAACCUGUCUAUGCGAUGGGUUGUUCUUUGUUGGAAAAUUAUCAUUUCAAAUAAUGAAUGGUUUUGGAAUGACAGUGCCCUCUCAAUUCAUAGAAAGAAAUGCAGUUAAGGAAGUACUACAAAUUAUUCAAGUUGCUAGGGAUAGGAAUAUUCCUAUUUAUUAUCCAACAGAUCUCUGGUGCUUGAAAAAUGGCGACAGUGAAAUAUCAGGGGUCAUCAACUCUACCGGACAAUUGGCUGGCUGGACACCAGCUGAUAUAGGACCAUCGACAUUGGAGAAGAUUUCUUCUAUAAUUACAUCAUACAAGAAGAUACUGUGGAUUGGCCCUACAAACUACGGUUUGACAGAAAAAAAUUCAGUUGGUGGAACACAGUUGGGUGAAAUACUGGAAAGUGCAAGCUCUGAUGGCUGUGAUGUUAUUUUAGUGGGGGAUGCAGCAUGCAAGGCAGUAAAAAGAAAAACAGAUUCCUCACCGCAAUAUACAGAAUUUCAAAAGUCCACUGUUGUUUGGGAAUUCCUCAAAGGAAGGAUAUUGCCUGGUAUAGCAGCAUUGGAUAAAUGUUACCCCUACCGGAUUCCAUGGAGUACUGUCUUCUGUGAACCUACACUACCCUUAGUGGUUGAUAUCGGAAGUGGAAAUGGUUUGUUUCUUUUUCAAAUGGCUAAAAGUUGUGAAAGUUCAAAUUUCCUUGGGUUUGAGAUGAAUGAAAAGCUUGUCAUUAGGUGCCUCCAAGGUAUGGCUUCAGAUGAGAAAAGGAACCUAUAUUUUGUGUCAACAAAUGCAACGUCCACAUUUCGUUCCAUAGUUUCAAGUUAUCCUGGACGGUUGACUCUUGUCACAAUACAGUGCCCAAAUCCUGACUUCAACAAAGAGCAAAAUAGGUGGAGAAUGGUGCGAAGAAUGCUCAUUGAAGCUAUCGUCGACCUUCUUCAUACCAAUGGACAGGUUUAUCUGCAGUCAGAUGUGGAGUCCGUUCUGCUCGUGAUGAAGGAGCAGUUCCUCUCCUACAGCAAGGGUCAGCUUGUCACGGACGGCGAUGGUGGCAACUGCAUCGAUAACCCGUUCGGCGUGGUAUCCGACUGGGAGCGCCAUGUCCUCGCUCGCGGAGCUCCCAUGUACAGGGCGAUGUUAAAGAAAAUGUGAUUCCAUUUCCUCCGUCUCUGAGGUCUGAACAUUGCAUUGUUUUGUCACCAUGGCUGCUUCGGACAUGGACAACGUUCAUGGAUUCACUCGGUUAGAUAAAACUCUCUUCUUUUCGGAGAAAACUACAUGACAAAAAAAUUGUGUGGUUAAAUCUUAAAAUCGAAUCAA